CUUGAGAUCUAAGGAAUUUGGGCUAUCCACCUAGUUGAUCUGAGUAUAUGCAAAACUUGAAUCUUGAUUGAUAAUAGACAAUCCAAAUUUUCUUUUGAUGACUAGGGUCGUUAGAGCUCAGCUAGCAAACUUAUCAAGAAGCUCCUUGAUAGUUAAUUAGACCUUCUUGUUCUAUAUUUAUGCUCUGGUAUAUAGUGGUAUUGCCAGGAAGUAAAUGGGACUAUAUAUCUACAUGUAAACUAGUACUUCUCUAACUAACCAGCAAGGGGGUUUGAUGGCAAAGAUCCUAGGAGAUCACCAACAACCAAAUUAAAAUGAGCUGCUCCUUUUUAUUUAGUUUUGUCUAGAUUUUUUCUUGCAAACGAUAGGGUUUUGUGGCACAUGGUAUUAACUAUAAUCUAAAGAGGCCAGACCGGUAGACGCAAUUUAAAACUUGAGGCAAGAAAAGCUUGGGAGGCCAAGUCUCCCUUUUAAUAAGAGGGGGGAUAUAUUUGCCCUGCAAGGAGAUCUCUUCCCCUUCCAUUUUAAAAGGGUCUCGUGCAUCAUCCAAUCGAUCUCUCUCUCCUCCGGCCCUCUCCCUCUCCUCCACCUAGCUUCCUUCAUCUUGUUCUUCCAAGUCUUCCUCCUAAGCUAGGUCUCUUCGUUCUUGGAUAUGAGUGGGAGCAACUUUGGGGACAGCAUGGGGUGGAGCAGUAGCGGGAGAUCGUCGUCUGGCUCCAGAAGGGGCAAGAGAGGCGGCGGCAGCGGCGGCGGCGCCGACAAGCCCAAGCAGCCGCAGCGCGGGCUCGGCGUCGCGCAGCUGGAGAAGAUUAGGUUACAGAGCGAAAUGGCCGAGUACUUCCAUCCUCUCGGCCAGCCCCCCAGCUUGAUCCACAGAACAGGCAGCCUCAACUUGCAGGAGGAUGCACGGGCGUCGACGUCCUCGCUGUCGUCGUCGCCAUCUUCCUCCUUCUAUGCUACCGCAGUCUCAUCGCCGUUCCCAGUCCAUCCAAACAUUUCGACGGCAUAUGGUGAGAGAGGUGGAGACCUGCGAUAUGGUGAAUUCCAAGCUCCCAUAAUAAGAUCACCGAGCAGCAGUGCAAUCUAUGGCGCCCCACAUUAUGCACAUCCUAAUAACAUCACAUUGCCACUCUUUGAACCACAGGAAUCCACUCGAUUGAGGGGACAUCAUGAUAGAAGUCGGUCAGCUGAUUCAACAAGUAUGAACUCUGAUGAUCCUCAAGACGUCGACCUUGAGCUCAAGCUAUGAUCCUAAAAUUUUCCUCCUUUCCCCUCUCCUUCGAUGCGAUGUGAUAGCUAUAUUAGAUAGUCUUGAUGGGCCUUUUCACUUUGUGGUGCAAUAAGUUUCUGAAUUGGUGCCACUAGCCAAAACCAAAAGGACUUGCCGUCUUCUGUAAUGCCUACCACCAGAAGAGAGGAAUAGUAAUGCACCUUUUUUUUAAUCCAAGACAUGCAUGCUGUGUGUGCAUGCAUGGGCAUGGGAUCUGGUGAUCAUAUCUAGCAGUUAUUCUUAUUCUUAUUGUACUGUGAAGCAUAGAUGUGUUGACUCCUGCCUGCAACUGCAAGCAUACACUGACACAGUUCGUACAUGGUGGUUAUUAAUUUAUGCAACACAAAUUUCAUCA